AUGCCCAUGUUUCACCAUGCCUAUGACUCGCUCACAAUGCCCAUGUUUCACCAUGCCAAGCUCUCCGUGCCCGCUUGCCCCUUCCUUUCAUACUACGUGCAGGACGACAUCCAUUCUUAUUCCACACUGCAUGCAGCACUGGAUCAUCUGCUGGGGUGGGAGGACAUAGACGUGGAUCGCAUCGUGGUGUUUGGGCGGUCGCUGGGAGGGGCCGUGGGGGCCGACCUCGUCCACCGCAACCCCCACAAGGCAUCUCAGCACUCUUUCAAUCACACCCCACCCUUCGUUGACGAUUCCCCACCCACAGACACCCCCAUUCUCUUCCUAUCCGGAGCAAAGGACGAGCUCAUGCCGCCCGCACACAUGCGUCAGCUGUACGCGGAGGCGCAGCGGAACACAGGUGGCAGCUCACUAUUCGUGGAGGUGGCAGCGGGUGGCCACAUGGACACGUGGCUGCGGGGCGGGCAGCGCUACUGGCGUGUGCUGAGUCUGUUUAUAACGCACCAUGCUGGAGGGGGUGUGGGGGGAGGUGUGGCGGAAGGGGAGGGGGAGAGAGGAGGGAAGGAGGAGCUGAUAGAGGAGUUGAGUGAGGUGGUGAGGGAAUCGGCGGGAGAGCUGACGCUGAGAAGAGUGGGGGAUGGUGCCAAGAUGUGA